UAUAUAUAUAUAUAUAUAAUUUUGUAUUUUAUAUCUUUUAUAUACAAUAUAUACAUACACAAUAUAAACUUGUAUAAUUAUACAGGAUGUUCCAAUAAUGAAGAUACAACAGAAGAUUAUUUUACAUGAAAAAAUAUGUUAAAGAGAGAGUAACAUUUUUUCAUUUAAGACUUUGUUUUUUGGAAACUCAAGUUAAACAUUUAACUGUAUACUAAGUGUCACGUUGUGGUUGACAUCUACAUAUUACUGAAAUACGUCUAUCUUUUGGUACAUGUUGUCCUUCAAAAAAAGAUUCUUUAUUUUUUAAAAUUUCGUGAUUAUAAUUAUACCUAGCUGUACCACUCAUCCCAAUGCGAUUGUUCGUAUCUUAAUCUGCUUAUAUAAGGAUCAAUUUCUUCGAUUAAGGACUUUUCUUCUUCAGUUGUAAUAAAAUUUGGUACAACUUGCAUAGUUCUAUCAAGUUCCUCUUGCCAAUUUUUUAAAUUGACAUCCGUUUUAUUAAAUAGAACUUUAGAUUGUGAAUAAUACUUUGCGUUAACGCAACUGUAAGUUUUAUCUAUGAAAUGAUUAAAUAAAUUCAAUUUGACUUUCAUCCUUGAUUAACUUUUUGAAUAGGUUAGAAACAUGCAACAAUGAAGAAUGAGACUGAGAAACGGGUGCAACAUCAAUCAAUCACAUAGGAUAAUAUAGUUCAAAUAUUUCUCAAACAUAUUUAAUUAUAUACAUCAUGAAGUAAAUAUAAUUUCACCAGAAUACUAAUGCAUAAAACAAUCUAUCUUUCAGACAACAUUGCUAAAGAUUACUAGAUAAUUCCGAUACUGACUUCUAUUUAAUAAAUGAUAAAGGACAUUUAUUCAAGGAUAAUGUAACAUAUAUAAUAUAACAUUUCAACGAAAUUAUAAUAUAAAUAUUAGAUAAUUUAAGGAGAGUAAUUCAAUUUCGCUGAUCAACGUAAUUAAUUAUGUCGUGUUCAACAGUCUCCACCAAUGAUAUUCUGAAAUGCGUUUCAUUUUUCUUUCUCUUGCAAUUUCACGAGCCCUUCUUGUCUUUCCUUUUGAAUAAAGAACGUUGGAAAAUAAAGGACUGAAGGUUACAAUCACAAUGAAGAAAGUUGAAUUCCCGCUUAAAAAGAACAAUGCAACUAAUAGUACAAAGCUGUCUCAAAAGAAGAUAUCAAUGUAUUUUAUGAAAGUUCCUUCAGAAAAUAGCACAGUUGAAACCAGUGUCACAAACGAUGGAAUGCAAAGAAAGAGGAAGAUUUCAGAAGACAUAGACUUGUUACAAAUGAAACAUACAAAAUAUGAUAAUGUUUCAAAUGUAUGUAAUAUUAUGCAAGAUACACAACAAAUACAUUCACGUUCAAAUGAAGCUAAUGUAAUUCAUGAUGUGUUCAGUAAUUCUAGUAGAAAUAACGAAUAUAAAGAAAAUAUAACUAGUGAAUGUGAAUGUAAAAUUACUAGUGAAUGUGUAAGUACAAUAUGUAAACUCAAUGAAAAGCAAAUAAUGACAAGUAACAUAUUACAAGCAAAUAAAAGUGACAACCUUCUCAACCUGAAGAAAUUUGUGCCCAAUAAUGUAAAACAUGAUGGAAUUCAUUCAGAAUUAGAAUCAUUCUUUGCAGAUGAUUUUAAAGAUUGUUUUGAGGAAGAAUUGUACGUAGAUUCUAGUCAAAUUAACUUUAAAUCCUUACAAAGGUGUAAAGUUAUUGAUGUACAAGUGGAGUACAAUAGUAUAGUAUUAACAGUAAAUCAAGAAGACGAUAAAACAUGUGAUGCAACUGUAAGGUGUUCAGAUUUCUGGAAAAACACCAAAGUUCAAAAAGAUGAUGUUGUUGUCAUUGAAGCACGGAAAGAAAACAAUCAGUGGAUUAUAGAUAAUAGUAGUGGUUUUCUUAUUGUUAAUCCAGACAUAUUAAUAUCUGGAACAACAAUAGCUGGUGCUCUAUUUUGUGAACGGAAGGCAGUUUUAACUGAAAAGUUCAGGAAGAUGGAGAGCCUGCCUUAUUUUGAGGGAGAUCAAACGCCACUUGUUAUUGGAAGCUUACUUCAUGAACUAUUGCAAAACGCAAUACAAAAAAAUAUUUACGAAGUAAAAAGUAUUAUAAAGUUAAUGGACAACAUAUUGCAGACCAAAGACACAAGUAGUUUACUUUAUGGAUCAGACAUAUCUUUAGAUACAUGUAGGCAACAAAUGCUCCCAUAUGUAUCGAAGAUAUACGAAUUUAUACAGCAUUAUUUGAAUGAUAAAACACAGCAAAAAAUAAAUGAUAUGAAAAAUAACUUCAGAGGUAGAAUCACUCACAUUCGUGAUAUAGAAGAAUCUAUUUGGCAACCGAAAUUAGGCAUAAAAGGGAAGGUAGACAUUACUGCAGAAGUCAAAAUAAAUUCUAAACGGAAAAUUAUGCCCAUUGAAAUCAAGACAGGAAAACCUUCAUUUUCUUUAGAACAUAAAGGGCAAAUUAUUCUUUAUAUUAUGAUGAUGAGUCUUACAAGUCAAGAUACAGAUACAGGUCUUUUACUAUAUCUUAGGGAAAAUAAUAUGCAAGAGAUUAACAGUAGCCAUCCUGAGAAAAGAGAUUUGAUGCUAUUAAGGAACUCUUUAGCUACUUAUUUUAUCCAAAAAUCAACCGAGAAGUUGUCAAAUCUAACGUCUGAAUCAAGUUGGCAAAUGUUGAAACUGCCAGAACCAAUUAAUCAUCAUAGUGCUUGUUCAAAGUGUACUUACAAUACAUUGUGCUGUAUGUACUUGAACAAAGAUUCUAACAUACAGUUACCUGAAACACAUCCAUUAGUAGAGCUUGGAAAAAAGAUUUUGGAUAAAUUCAAACCUAGUCAUAUUGAUUAUGUAUUGCAGUGGAUUUCUUUAUUAGAGAUUGAAGAAAAUUCACAGUCGAGCGAUAAUACAAUGAAAUAUCUGUGGACAUUAAGUCCAGAAAAGAGAGAAGUAAAGAGAACUUGUAUCUGUAAUUUGAAAGUAAUAGGACACGUUAUUAGUUAUAACACAAAGUACAAACACACUUUCAUUCGCGCAAAUUUAAACGAACAAUUUUCAAGUACUAAUAUUCCAUAUACGGAAUUUUCAGAUAAUGAGUAUGUUUUAGUUAGUACAAACUCCAGGAUAAAUAUCUCUGCGGGAUUUAUAAUGGAAAGAAAAGAAGAUUCUAUUACAUUGAUUUUAGAAAGAGAUGUGACCAAGUAUAAUAUAAACGAAUUAUUUCACAUAGAUAAAUACCAUUCAUCUUCUUUAUAUUCUAUUAAUCUUGCGAAUGUAGGAGGUUUGAUGAACGACAAUGAAAUUUGUGAAAAAUUACGAAAUAUCGUGAUAGAUAGGAAACAAGCAACUUUCGAAGAGGGUUUAUCACAUACAGUUAUAACAAAAAGUGCCAAGAUAAUACAAAAUUUAAAUAAAAUUCAGCAAAGAGCAGUUCUAAAAGCGAUAUCAGCAAACGAGUAUUUUCUGAUUAAAGGAAUGCCAGGUACAGGCAAAACGCAAACAGUAGUUGCUCUAGUAGAAGUUUUACAUAAAAUAGGACAAUCCGUAUUAAUUACCGCACAUACAAACAGUGCUGUAGACAAUAUUUUAUUGAAACUGUUGGACAGGCGCAUUGAUUUCUUAAGAUUAGGAUCAUCUUUUCAUCCAUCUUUAAGAUAUAAAAGCGAAAUAUAUGCCACAUCAAAUUGCCACUCUCCUACUAGCUUGGAAGCGGUAUAUUCUAAGAAAAAUAUUAUUGGUACCACUUGUUACGGUGCCCAUCAUGUACUUUUUGGGAAACGUACGUUUGAUGUAUGUAUUGUGGACGAAAGCACGCAGGUAUUGCAACCCACUAUAUUACGUCCACUAUAUAAUGCGAAGAAGUUUAUUCUUGUGGGAGAUCCUGAUCAAUUGCCCCCAAUUGUUAAGAACAGAUUAGCCAGAAAACUGGGUGCAGAUGAAUCUUUAUUUGCUCGUCUGGAUAGUGAAAAUAAUACUAUUAAAUUAACGAAACAGUAUAGAAUGAAUAAAAAUAUAAUGCGCUUAGCAAAUAAAUUGACAUAUGAUGACAUGUUAAAAGCUGGCGAUAUCUCCAUAGAAAAUGCUACUUUCGUUAGUCCGUGUCACGAAGUUUUAAUGAAAGAAGCAGAAUGGAUACAGAAGACAUUGUCAUCUGACAUAAGUGAUUCUGUAAUCGUAUUAAAUACAGGUCAUACUAAUAACUUAAAAGAAAGUUAUGAUCUGAGUGAAAAAUAUCUAGAUAGUGAAGUAAACUCAAACAUUUGGGAAGCUGCUGUAGUAUCUAAACUAGUGAAAACGCUUUUGAAGAUGAACGUGAGACUUGACAAUAUUGGCGUCAUUGCACCAUAUAGAGCACAUGUUAAUUUGUUGAAGAAAAUUAUUACUGAGGAUAUAGAGAUAAAUACUGUCGAUCAAUAUCAAGGACGCGAUAAAGAAAUUAUAAUUUAUUCGUGCGCAAAAAGCCUGAGUAACCCUGGCGAUAUAAAAGAGGAUCUCGAAGUACUAGGGGACCAUCGACGAUUGACUGUUGCAAUAACAAGAGCAAAACACAAAUUAAUUGUUAUUGCAGAUAAAAGUACUGUAUCUCGGUACUCAGUAUUUAAAAAAUUAUUUAAUCUUGUCGAAGAUAAAAAUACAAUAGAUUUAAAGGACAACUGUGAUGGGUUUUACUGGAAAAAUCUAGUAUGUACUUUAUAAAAUAUUUCGCAACUUUUUUUCAUACCACGAAUUUGUUACAAGAAAUGAUGUUAAAACGACGUUGCAUGAUAUUUCAUUUUAUACAAUUACAUCUUUUUUAUAUUUCCAUGAAAUAUUUUACAUAUCAUUUAAUAAAAUGUUUAUGAAAAUUUUUAUUUGAUAUAUAUGGAUCAAUUAGAUAUUAUUCUUUUAAUUAUCUUAUUUUUGUCAUUAUUUAUUUUCUUUUUCAAGUGUCUUGAUUACAGAAUAUCUGUGAUCGUGUACAAAGUUAUUGACCUUAAGGCAAAUAAAUUAUGUGCAACAUUUCAAUUAUAAAUAUUAAAUCAAGAGUAUCGAAUAUGAUGAUAAGAUAAUAAUUUUAAAAUAAUGUUUUGAUAAGAUAUGUGAUCGACAUGUUCUAUUUGUCUAAAUUUAAUGGUAUUUUUUAAUUACCAGUACAUCGUUUUAAUUAAUCAAUGAUAUAAGUAAUGGCAUAAAAUUUCUACUUAAAAAAAAAUCAAUGCUUCGUAUCUAAUAUCUAAAGUUGAAGUAGUAUACUGAUUGUAUAUGAUAUUUUGUCUUCAGUUGUGUAUGUUAUGAAACUAUCUUUAGUUGUCCAUAUGUUAUGAUUGUCGUGUUUUAUUUCAAAAAUAAAGAAAUUCAAAUUAUUUUAUACAAUAUACGAGAAAUAUAUAAAAACUCUUUCUAUAGUAAGGGUUAUAUGUACCUUAUGUAUGUAUAUGGUAAACAAGAUACUUUAAGAUAAUUUGAGACAAUAGUAAAGUAAAAAUUAUCCUUAAUUAUUCUAAUGUAACCUUCUAUAUUUUUGUUCAUUAAUAUUUAACAUUUUACAUUUCUGCCCAUUCCUGAAAUUAAACAUUCUUGUAACUCCUCCAGAUAUUGUUUUAGAAAUAAAUGAAAGUAUAGUUAUUACUGCUACUAUUUUCUAAUAUAAUGAUAUAUGUCAAUUUUACGUGUACAUUGUCUUCUAAAAAUAAAUGAAAAUAUAGCUACUUGUUUUCGUCGAAUAUUAAUGAUUGAGAAGGUGUGUUUACAUGUCGAUAUGCGAGAUGUUUCAUUUGUUUCACGCAUGUCUUGUAAUUGCUACACGCUUUCAAAAUUUUUUUUGGCGUUCAAUCAUCUUGUGCGAAUAAAUCAUGAGGAUAAUUAAAAGAUUACCUCUACGACCUAUGUCUACUGGAUUCACUCUUCGAAACCGGUUAUCCGAACAGAUUGAAAAAAUAACAAAAUGUGAUCCACCAAAAAAGCCGACAGUUGAUCCUGCAACGAUAGAGUUUCAUUCCAAAUUAAGUAAUAAAUGGUGGAAUGUCAAUGGUGAAUUACGCGCUCUGCACGCAUUAAACCCUCUCAGAGUGCAAUUUGUUCGUGAUGGUCUAGCAAAUGUGGGAUUCAAAGUGGAAUGCCCUUAUUUACCACUGAAGGGAAUCAAAAUCUUGGAUGUUGGCUGUGGUGGAGGAUUGUUGUCAGAAUCUUUAGCUAGAAUAGGAGCAGAUGUAACUGGAAUCGAUGCAUCUUCAGAAUUAAUAACAACUGCGAAAGAGCAUGCUGUUUUGGAUCCCAGUUUAGAUGAAAAAUUGAACUAUAUUGAAACAGCUAUUGAAGAUUUUGCACCAAAUAAUAAAGAAGUGUUUAAUGCCAUAAUAGCUUCAGAAGUUAUAGAACAUGUAAAUGAUAAAGAAUUAUUUUUAAAGUAUUGUAUAAGUACCUUGAAACCUGGUGGUUCGAUAUUUCUUACAACUCUCAAUAAAACAUUGCCUUCGUGGCUUGGAGGUAUAAUCGCAGUUGAAAAUAUUUUGAAAUUGGUUCCAAAGGGCACUCACGAUUGGAAUAAAUUCAUUACUCCGGCUGAAAUGCAAUCCUUACUAGAAACAUAUGGUUGUAAAACAAAAUUGAUUCAUGGAAUGUUUUACAAUCCUCUGAAGAACGAGUGGUUUUGGAUGACUUCAACAGCGAUAAAUUACGCGCUUCACGCGGUUAAAAGAAAAGAACAGGCAUAAAUGAUACAUUCAACUCUUUUAUGGAUCAUAGGUGACUAUGGUUUAUGGAUUUUAUGAGUGACUUAAUAUUUUAGGUUUUGUGAUUUACCAUUAUACAUUUAAGAAACCAACUUAUUUUGUAAAAAGCGUUGUGUGAUACUGUGAUAUACAUGAAUCGUAAUUUACAAUAUUUGUAAUUUAAUAAUCAGAUUUCAAUUAUGUUUAGUAGUUGAAUACUUAUUAUUCCUUAUUCACGAAAGAAAAACGCGAGGGAAUAACAUGAAAAAAAUUUAUUACUU